AUGAACGGCAGCCAAUCACUCCCACCGCGGCGCUCAGCUCUCGUCCUGUAUGGCUCUGAAACGGGCAAUUCGCAGGAAGUCGCCGAGGAGCUGGGGGCGUUGGCGGAGAGAUUGCAUUUCCGGACCCAUGUGGGGGAGAUGAAUGUGUAUAGGCCGGAGGUGCUGAAAUCGCAUACGCUCGUUAUAUUCGUUGUCGCGACAACAGGGCAGGGAGACUUCCCGGCGAAUGCGAGGUCGUUUUGGAGGUCGCUGUUGUUGAAGAGGCUUCCGGGUGACUUUUUGGAUGGGGUUCGUUUUGCGUCGUUUGGGUUGGGGGAUAGUUCUUAUCCGAAGUUCAAUUGGGCGGCACGCAAACUACAUAAGAGAUUGUUGCAGCUUGGUGCGAAUGAGAUUUAUGAUGCUGGGGAGGCGGAUCAGCAGCAUCCGGAGGGGCUCGAAGGGACUUUCAUUCCGUGGUUGACCGGUCUUCGUACACAUUUGCUCGAGACGUAUCCGCUACCUGAGGGGCUGGAGCCGAUACCGGAUGAUGUUCAGUUGCCGCCGAAAUGGAUUCUGAAGCUUCAGGAGGGAGGUGCUUCGACGGCACAGGAAGGACAUGCAGUUCCCGGCACACACGAGAAUCUGCCCCCGCCGGAUGAUAACCCAAAGUUGACUCGAUUGGAUUAUGAUCUGCGGCCUCUGCCUGAUACUUUAACGGCAACUCUCAGGGAGAAUAAGCGAUUGACUCCGCAGAAGCAUUGGCAGGAUGUGCGCCAUGUAUCUCUCACUGUGCCUGAACAUACUUCCUACGUCCCUGGGGAUAUGUUAUGCAUUACCCCCAAGAACUUCACCACCGACGUGAAUGCUCUGAUCCAGAUGAUGGGUUGGGAAGAACAGGCUGAUCAGCUCAUCAGCCUGGUUCCUAAUAGCCAUAUUCCUGCUGAUGAUCUCCCUUUGCCGCCUAUUCGGGGUCUCGAGUCCUACCCCCAAUUGACGCUAAGGGCGCUGCUUACAGACUAUCUCGAUAUUCAGGCUAUCCCGCGCCGGUCCUUCUUUGCGGAGAUUGCGCAUUACACGAACGAUGAGAUGCACAAGGAGCGUCUACUGGAGUUCACUUAUACUAGUCCCGAGUAUCUUGACGAGCUGUGGGAUUACACUACUCGUCCGAGACGGAGUAUUCUGGAAGUUUUGCAUGAGUUUGACUCGGUCAAGGUGCCAUGGCAGCAUGCUAUCUCAGUGUUUCCAGUCCUUAAGGGGAGACAAUUCAGCAUCGCUAGUGGCGGCGAGCUGAAGAGGGGUCCUGAAGGCGGCACCAAGUUUGAAUUGAUGAUUGCCAUUGUCAAGUACCAGACUGUCAUCAAGAAGAUCAGACAGGGUGUAUGUACACGGUAUAUAUCUGCGCUUCGACCCGGAAGCACUCUCAAGGUACAGCUGCAACGCGGUGGACUCAAUUCCUCGGUCAACCAGCUCGUUGGCCCAACUGUCCUAGUUGGACCCGGCACCGGUUUGGCCCCACUACGAUCUAUGCUGUGGGAAAAAGCAGCAAUUAUCAAGGCAUACCAGGAGGAAAAUCCCGGGGUUGAGCUUAGCAUCGGACCCACGCUUCUCCUCUACGGCGGUCGCAAUCGAGAGGCAGACUUCUUCUUCGAAGACGAAUGGCAGCAGCUCGGUCAGUUGACCAAGUUAAAUGUGCUCACGGCAUUCUCCCGGGAUCAAAAACAAAAAGUCUACGUGCAAGAUGUGAUCCGCCAGAACUAUGCACUACUAUUCAAGCUGCUGCAUGACAUGGCAGGAUCGGUGUAUAUCUGCGGCUCCUCUGGACAAAUGCCCAAGGCAGUAAGGGAGGCGCUGACGGAAGCAUUCCAGCACGGCGCAGAGGUGGAAACCGAUCGAUUCAACGAACAAGGGGCCGAGCAGUAUCUGCUUGGCAUGGAGAAGACGGGACGGUAUAAGCAGGAAACUUGGUGA